AUGGAUGCGCUAGACAAGCUACUCUUUGAGAUCCAGGCAGCCAAGCCCAACUUCCCCGGGGCACAGCUCCAAAAGAUCAAGCGAGGCGGGGGCUGGUGGGACUAUGACCCGACGCAGGACCCAGUCCCGCAGCCCGAGUUGCAGCCAAACGCUCAGCCAGACGACCAGCAAGACCUCCAGAACAAACCCAAAUGCGACUAUUGCCAGGAGCCCAUCCUGCGCCAGCUCGUCGAGGCCUUUGGCAAGUUUUACCAUCCAAACCACUUUGUCUGCCCCGGGCCGACGUGCAACCGCCGGGUGCUGGCGAAUAUCCAGUACUACGAGAUGGAGGGCAGGCCGUACUGCGAAGGCUGCUUCCACGAGCUAUUUUCGCCAAAGUGCGAGUUCUGCCACACACCCAUCACCAGCCGCUGUAUCAACGCCCUCGGCAAGGCCUUCCACCCGGACCACUUUUUUUGCUGCCAGUGCGGCAAAGUCUUCUCGCAGGGCGACGGCUUCCUGGAAGGCCCCGAUGGCCGUGCUUACUGCGAGAACGACUACCGCCACCUGUUUGCCGAUGUCUGUGGUCGCUGCGAGAAGCCUCUUGUGGGCGAUCAUUUCGUGGCCCUGAAUCAAAAGUGGCACAAGGAAUGCUUCACUUGUGCGGACUGCAACUUAUCCCUCGUUGACGUGGGCUACUAUGAGCACGAGGGCCAUCCGUACUGCCAGACGCACUUUUACGCACGCAACGAGGCGACUUGCUCGACGUGCUCCAAGCCCAUCAUUGGCAAGUGUCUCAAUGUCGCUGGUCGCCGAUACCACCUGGACCACUUCAAGUGCACCUUCUGCCAGCAAACGCUCCAGUCCGAUGUGCCCGGCAGCAACGGCAAGGCAUUCAAGGUCCACGACUCGAAGCCAUACUGCCUGCCAUGCCACAUCAAGCUCUACGGAUAG